AAGAUACCCAAGAGGUCCCGUUGUGCCCGCUGUGCGUCAUCUGUGCCUGAUUAGACUUGCGGUGUGACGUCGCCGAGCCCCGUUCAAAGCUAAACACCUCACACAACGUUGAGAUUGCCAGUUGAUAUUCAAAACAAGGCAGGAAACGAAAUGACGAAAGCCUCCCGCUCGCAAAGCGUUUUAAGACGCGGAUCAACAAGUUGCCUCCAGUGCGCAAAUUCCAAUUUGAGCGGGAUUCGAGCAUAAUCCGCGACGCAGAUGAUCGGCGUAUCAAUUGAAAUAUUUCUCAUCUGCCGGGAGAAAUACGCUCCAGAGUGUCCCUGGAGACACAUUUUGUCCGAUAGCGGCGGGUACCAGGAGCCUGUACCGGGCUCCAUGCCUCGCUGCGCCUCCAGGUGCUCGGCCGGCCGCCACAUGGUAACUUUGCGCACCCGGCACGCCGAAAAGAGGACACACAGAGAAGGGAUCUGAAUGAAUGGGACUGAGAUUUAUUCGUAUUUCUCCCUUCGCCUCCCCCAGACUGUUGUUUGUGUUGUAUAUCCAGCCGGUUGAAGGUGUCUCACCUUAUCGGCAGAUAUCGAUUCAUCGGUGGAUAUCAAAUCAACCCGAAUAGGGAGCCGCAAAUGUCGAGGAAACGGAAAAGUCCUGACGACCGGGACUUUGAGGAACCUCCACCCGCAGGAUGCAGCGACGAAGGCUUGACGGAUGAGAAAGUGAAGGCCUACCUCUCGCUUCACCCGCAGAUGCUGGAUGACUUUGUGUUGGAGAGUGUGAGCGCAGAGACGUUGGACAGAUGGCUGAAGAAGAAGACCAGCAGCAGGCCUGCAGAUGACACAUCAACUAAAGAAGUCACCAGGCAGUACCAGGACACAAAUGUGCAGGGUGUGGUGUAUGAACUCAACAGCUACAUGGAGCAGCGGCUGGACACAGGAGGAGACAACAAACUUCUGCUCUAUGAGUUGUGCAGCAUCAUCAAGACAGCAACAAAAGCUGAUGGAUUUGCACUUUACUUCUUGGGAGAAUGCAACAAUAGUUUAUGUUUGUUCAAUCCAACGGGGGCCAAGGAUGGCCCUCCAAGCCUCAUCCCCUCUGGCCCCAUCGCAUUUGGGACAACCGUUGCCGCUCAUGUUGCCAAGACUCACAAAACACUGCUAGUAGAGGACAUCAUGGGGGACGAGCGCUUCCCCGACGGCACAGGGCAAGACUCAGGGAUCCAUGUUCACUCUGUCCUGUGCCUCCCCAUCAUCACCGCCAUCGGGGACCUCAUUGCCAUUCUGGAACUGCAUCGGCAGUGGGGCAAAGAGCCCUUCAAUCUCAGCCACCAGGAGGUUGCAACAGCUAAUUUAGCGUGGGCAUCAGUUGCCAUUCAUCAAGUGCAGGUGUGCAGAGGCCUCGCCAAACAGACGGAGCUUAAUGACUUCCUACUAGAUGUGUCAAAAACAUACUUUGAUAACAUUGUGGCAAUAGAUUCUCUACUUGAACAUAUUAUGAUAUAUGCAAAAAACCUGGUGAAUGCGGACAGGUGUGCACUCUUCCAGGUAGAUCACAAUAACAAAGAACUGUACUCUGACCUGUUCGAUAUUGGAGAAGAGAAAGAAGGCAAACCUGUCUUUAGGAAAACCAAAGAAAUUAGGUUUUCUAUUGAGAAGGGAAUUGCUGGCCAAGUGGCUCAGACAGGGGAAGUCUUAAAUAUCCCGGAUGCCUAUGCAGACCCCCGGUUCAACCGAGAGGUGGACCUCAAAACCGGCUACACCACGCGUAACAUCCUGUGCAUGCCCAUCGUGAGCAGGGGGACCGUCAUAGGUGUGGUGCAGAUGGUGAACAAGCUGAGCGGAAGUGCCUUCACCAAAACAGAUGAGAACAACUUUAAGAUGUUUGCUGUCUUUUGUGCUUUGGCCUUACACUGUGCAAAUAUGUACCACAGGAUCCGGCACUCUGAAUGCAUUUACAGAGUGACGAUGGAAAAGCUGUCCUAUCACAGCAUCUGCACAUCCGAAGAAUGGAAGACCCUCACCCAGCUCAACCUCCCCACACCCAUUUAUAAAGAGAUCGAAAUGUUCCACUUUGACAUUAGUCCCUUUGAGGAGAUCUGGCCAGCUGUGUUUAUCUACAUGGUUCACAACUCCUGUGGAAAGACCAGCUUUGAGCUGGAGAAGCUGUGUCGGUUCACCAUGUCUGUACGGAAGAACUACCGGCGUGUUCCCUACCACAACUGGAAGCAUGCGGUGACAGUGGCACACUGUAUGUUCGCCAUCCUUCAGAAAACCUCUGGGAUGUUCACAGAGCUAGAGAAGAAGGGUCUGCUGAUUGCCUGCCUGUGCCAUGAUCUGGACCAUCGGGGGUACAGCAACUCGUACCUGCAAAAGUUUGACCAUCCGCUGGCUGCUCUGUAUUCCAGCUCCACCAUGGAGCAACACCACUUCUCUCAGACUGUCUCCAUCCUACAGCUGGAAGGGCACAAUAUUUUCUCCAACCUGAAUUCCAGCGAGUACGAGCAGGUGCUGGAGAUCAUCCGGAAGGCCAUCAUUGCCACGGACCUGGCCCUGUACUUCAACAACCACCAGCAGCUGUCGGAGCUGGUGUCUGCGAGUGCACUGGACUUGAGCAACCACUCGCACAGGGACCGCGUGAUUGGUCUACUGAUGACAGCAUGUGACCUGUGUUCUGUUACCAAGCAAUGGCAUAUCACACGACUCACAGCCAACGACAUCUACUCUGAGUUCUGGGCUGAGGGCGAUGAGAUGAAGAAGAUUGGGUUGCAGCCUAUCCCUAUGAUGGACAGAGAUAAGAAGGACGAGGUUCCACAAGGCCAAGUGGGAUUCUACAAUGCUGUGGCAGUUCCAUGUUACACAACGCUAGCAAAGCUUUUCCCUCCAUCUAGUCCUCUUUUAAAUGCCUGCAAGGAAAACCUGGGCCAGUGGGAGAAGAUAUCGCGAGGAGAGGUGCAGGACGUAGUUCCCAACCGGCCCAGUGAUUCUGGACCUGUCAAGGUCGACAACUGACUACCAAAAGGGCCGCUGGCCCACCAAAGGAUUACAACUAGACUCCUGCCACGGACCUGGUACUUCGUAGGGGAGGGGGGAGGGGGGGGGGGGGGGGCACAUCCUGCAUUAGCAGGAGACGGAUGAGCUAAAGGCAACUUGACUUUGUAAACACACAGUUACCUCACUGGGUGACGGAGGGUGUCGACGCCGGCGGUUUCACGGAUCCCAGGGACUGACAGACGGCCGAUGUGGAGGGACUCCAACCCGUCGCUCCACAUCCCCUCAGCUUGGGGGCUAAUUUGGAUAGAAUGGACAUGUGCUGUUAUGGUUUCAUUUUUUGGCAGUUUUAUGUUUUUUUUGUUUUUUUUUACAUGAGCUGAUUCUUUAACGGUCUUGUAUUUGCAGAGGCCUUACUCUGAACCUUUCACAGGCUAGAAAUACGUGAAAUCUGGUUGUUGGUUCAGGCUUUUCUUGAAACGGUACUGUUUGCCUUCUGUGGUAGGUUUAUCGUACGCACACUACUUCACCAAGGUAUUUCCAGAGACAGAAGGAAUGUGUAGAGCAGAUGUAUGGUUUAACGCCACCUUACUGAGACGGUGGAUGCAGGAAUGUUUUUUUGAGCAAAAAUCCUUUGCAGUACUUGAAUAAAAACAUACAGCCUAUGUUGAGAAAUCCCUUCGCAGCAUAAUCUUCAAAACCUGAAUGAACUGUGGCAGGAGGAUUUAGAUAAUGUCAACACUUGUGAGCACAGUCACAAGAGAGUCACGAUGUUUCUCCCAGAAGUGGAGCCCACAGCACUGCCCACGGCCCCCCGUGGCAUUUAGGAACCUGCCGCAUAAUGCAUCCACUAUUUUAUGAACAACAGAACCUGAGCCCAGGUGAGCAGAACUAUUUUGUGUGGGAAAGAAGGAAGAAGAUGCAUGAAUAGCAUCCGUUAUAGUAUAGUUGUGUGCAGGUUUAUAUAUAAGCCUGUUGGAUUUUUAUUGUCGUAACAUUUUUUCAAACCACUAUCACAUCUUUAAUUAUUUCACGCAGCAAUCUUGUUUCUCCUCAUUAAUCAUUUCUACAGCCAUGAAUAAAACACAAGUAAUAUGAGGAUACUGCACAAGAGUCCUUGCAGAAUAUUUAAAUGUUUGCAGUGGCACAACAAACUUUUUCAUGUUAAGUUCUUUAUUUAAUGACUACACAGCACCCUGAUUCAUUAAACACGGUUUGCGGUAUUGAGGUAUACAUCAAACACAUGGUGACGGGUGGAAGAAAAUGUGAGGUAGCCAUAGGUGUCCUUGCAGGUUCAAAGCCGUAGUGUGAAACAUUUAUGACACUCUUUUGCUGACUGUCGGGCACAGCAGCUCAGAGAUAGUCAGCUUCAUAUCUUCACAUAACGUCAAACCUGUUAAAUUAAAGUGCACCAUAUGUUUAUCUCAGGGGUUGCAACUUCAGAAGGAUUGGUUGACUUUCUGCAAUUGUGUAAAAGAUCCCUUCAUUUCUGUGAUCUGUUGAAGGAAAUAAAUCCUCCUUUACGCUUCCUCUGCAGCGCCAUGCAAGGGGAUCUUGGGAACUCUUUUAAAUUAAUUUCCAAGAUCUUCCAAAAGACCAUUUUUUCAUCUGAAGCUGUCAUUCCAGUGGACAUUGUCCCUCCAAUACUGAAAUUACCGCUCAAAUAAUUCGUUUUACGACUGGUACUGUGGCUCCUAAAUGGUGUGAAUGUGGAUCUUGAGGAAGGUUUUGUUAAUUGCCAAAACAUGGCAUGUGGGUCAGUGCGCCAUCAGUUUUCAUGAUGUGCUCUGUCUUAGUUUUCAGAAUUACUUCCAGUAAGCUUCAACCAAGAGCAACAAAUAGCAUGCGCCUCUACUGAACUUUAUAUAUCAUUUUGCAGAAAACAUUAAUAGGGGUAUAUUGUGUGCAAUCUAGGAAUUAGUUGGUACUGACUAAGAUGUGUGCUCUGAUGGCGCUAAACUGAACAGCAGUUGUCUACUUUCAGACUGUGUGUGUCUGUGUGUGUGUGUGUGUGUGUGUGCGUGUGUGUGUGUGUGCGUGCGAGAGAUUGAGAGCUUUUGACUGUCUCUUUGCCCACCUGAGAACAUGGAUAAGUCCAUAACACUGCACUGUCCCUUCAAUUUUUCAGCACCAGUUAUAUUUCAUUGUCUGCACUAUGUUAAGCUUAUUAUUAUUAUUAUUGAUGAUUAUUAUUGCAAUUAUUACUGAUGUUAUUUUCUUAAUUAGAGUUAAAUUUAAAUUAACUUAUAUUUUUUAUACAAAGAAAAAUAUUGUUGGCCUUUUUGUUUUGUACAAAUUAAAAAUAGAGAUAAGCAAAAUGGUCUAGACAUGUUACUGUUACCCAGAAUAAUUGCAGAACGUCUCAAUUGUAAAUGUAAGAGCAGUAGCCCAAAUGACUUUUAUUAAAUACCUGGAAAAUA